CUCUGCAAUGCCUUUCUUUCAAAGUUUUAUUGGCAAGACUGAUGCCAAGAAGGACGUCCAAACCAUAGAAAAAGCUACAGGUUCUGGUAAACAAGAAGCUCCUGACUUUGAAGGCAAGUGGAAAUACUUGCAACAAGGCUUCAAUAAAUUGAUCGACUUUUUGGACAAGAAUAUGAGCAAGCCUUUUGACUAUAAUGAAUAUGCUGAUUUGUAUUCUACUGUAUUCAAUUUGUGUACACAAAAGGUUGAUACCAACAAGAAGGGAGGAGCAACAGAAUUAUUGUAUGAUCGCUAUAGAACUUGUAUUAGUGAUUAUUUAAAGUCAUUGGUUGUUGUUGCUUUAAAGGAAAAACAAGGUGAUGGUUUAUUGAUGGAAGCUGUUAAGAGAUGGAGAGAUCACCAACUUGUUGUUCGUUACAUGGUCAAAUUAUACAAUUAUCUUGAUAGAUACUAUACCAAACACAACAAUCGUGAUGACUUGAGAAAUGUAGGAUUGAAGUGUUAUCAAGAAUUGGUUUAUGGAAGUAUCAAGAAAGAUAUGGCUCAAGCCCUUUUAGAUAAAAUUUACAAGGAAAGAGAAGGUGAUUUAAUUGAUAGAUCAAUGAUGAAAGAUGGUAUUACUCUCUUCAUUGAAAUGGGUUUGGGUAGUUUGAAUGCUUAUGAUGAAGAUUUUGAACGUACUUUAUUACAAAACACUCAAAGUUAUUAUAGUAUUCAAAGUUCUAAAUGGAUCGCUGAAGAUUCUUGUCCAGAUUAUAUGAAAAAGACAGAAGAAAAAUUAGAAAGUGAAGAAAGAAGAGCUACUGCUUAUCUUCAUACAAAUACCAAGCCUAAACUUAUUUCUAAAGUUCAAGAUGAACUUAUUAGAAAGCAUCAAACAACACUUUUGAACAUGGAUGGUUCAGGUCUCGUUGCUUUGUUAAAGACUGGUGAUAAGCAUGAAGAUUUAUCUAGAAUGUAUACUUUGUUUGAUAGAAUUGAAUCAUUGCAACCAAUGUCAGAAAAGCUUAGAGAUUUUAUUACUGAAGAAGGUGUUAAAAUUCACACUAACCAAUGUCAACAAGAAAACAUUGAUGCCAAAGGAUAUAUUGAAGAGUUACUCAAAUUACAUUUAACUUAUUCUAAAUUGGUUAAUAUCCAAUUUAAACAAAAUCCACUCUUCUUGGAUGCUUUGAGAGAUGCUUUCACUCAUUUUGUCAAUUUAGAAGUUGUUUCACCAGGUGAUAAGAAUAGAUCUACAACUGCUGAAUUAAUUUCAACAUAUUGUGAUUCUAUUAUGAAGGAAGUUGAUAAGGUUGGUGAAGAAAACUUGGAUGAACUUUUAGAAAAUAUUGUCAAGUUGUUCGGUUAUUUGAAAGAUAAGGAUAUGUUCUUGGCUUUCUAUAGAGAACAUUUGAGUAAGAGAUUGUUGGUUGCAAGUCGUUUGAACUUGGAUGCUGAAAGAAACUUUAUUGGUAAACUUAAGAUGCGUAUGGGUAUGUCAUUCACUCAAAAGUUAGAAGGUAUGAUCAAAGAUAAGAGUAUUUCAGAAAAUUUGAGAAAUGACUUUAAGAAUUAUACAACAAAUAAGAGUAUUACUUUACCAUUUGAUUUCAAUCCAGAAGUUUUAACACUUGGUUGUUGGCCUCAAAUGAAGAUUGAUAAGAUGACAAUUCCACAAGAAUUAUCUGUUUGUUUAGAUACUUUUAAAAAGUUCUACGAUUCUAUUACCCAACAAAGAAAGUUAGAUUGGAUUCACUCUCUUGGUACUGCCAUUGUUACUGGUCGUUUCUCUGCUGGUACAAAGGAAAUUUCAACCAACACUUAUCAAGCUUGUAUUUUAUUACUUUUCAAUAACCAAGCUGAAAUGACAUUCCAAGAUAUUCAAAAUUCUUUGAAUUUACCACCAACAGAAAUUAAGAGAAAUUUACUUUCUCUCUGUGCUACUAAAGCUGCCAAUCUUUUGAGUACUGAUGGUAAUAAGAAGGCUGUUAAUCCAACUGAUAAGUUUACUGUUAAUGCUGAUUUUGAAAGUCCACAAAGAAGAAUUAAGAUUCCAAACGUUGUUGUUCACGUUACUCAACAACAAAAGCAAGAUAUCAGUCAAAAGGCACAAGAAGAAAGAAAAUACGUUAUUGAUGCUGCUCUUGUUCGUAUUAUGAAGACAAGAAAGAUUCUCAAGUAUCAAGAAUUGAUGACUGAAACUAUCAAACAAUUGAGUUCUCACUUCCAACCAGAUCCAAAGUUGAUUAAGAGAAGAGUUGAAGAUUUGAUUGCCAGAGAAUAUUUGGAACGUGAUGCUAAGGAUUCUUCCACGAUUCAAUACGUUGCUUAAAUUGUACUAUUUAUCAUCUUUUAAUAAAAAU